GUGGGAUUUCUCCUUUAUAAAAUGUCCCUCAGUAGUCCUGAGAGAUGGCUCAGUAGUUAAAGCAUUUAUCCUGCAAUUGUGAAGAUCUGGGUUCAAAUUCCCAUUACACUGAUGCUGGUUUGUGGCUUGCCUGCAAUCCCAGUACUUGGGAGUCUCUGAGGAAAGAUGGUUACCCAGACUAGCUUAAUAAGUAGGAUCUUGUUUCAACUGCAACUAACAGAGAAGGAAAGGCAGAGUAGUUAUCAUAGCCAGAGGGUGAGAGAGAAAAAAACAUGCCGGCUGUCAAGGAUAGUCUUGUGAAGAGCAUGACUCAAAGCGGUGACACUCAUGCCAGCAGAUCCAAGUACAGGAAACCGCAGGUCUUUAUGCCAUUCUGAUGAGCCUUCACCAGUGACAAAUCAGUCUUCACACUACAGAUGUGUUUCAUAUGGACAGCGGAUUCAGAGGAGUCUUCACUUUGCCACAGACCAGUCUCCCACAAGAAAAAUGGAGGAAAGGGACACUAGUGGAGAGCUCCUAAGGGUGGAUUCAAAUGUCUCAGACUGGAGGACUAACAUCAUAGCAGUGAAUGGAAGCAACCACACUGGAAUUUCAUUUUCUGAGAUCACAUAUUGUACCAUGAUUUUUCUUUCCCUCGUCUGUUCCCUAUUUGGGCUGGUUGGAAAUGCCGUAGUGCUAUGGCUCCUGGGUUUCCACGUGCGCAAGAAUGUCUUUUCUGUCUACAUCCUCAACCUGGCUGCUGCUGACUUUCUCUUCAUGUGUUUUCAGACUGUAUGUUGUCUUCAGUUUAUUUUGGAAAUAUUCUACCCCAGCCACAACACUUAUGUUUUUCUUGUAGGGUUAAACUUUGCUUAUCUUUGUAGCCUGAGUAUUCUCAGCGUCAUUAGCAUUGAACGUUGCCUAUCUGUCCUGUGGCCUAUCUGGUAUCGCUGCCAACGUCCAAGACACACAUCAGCUGUCAUCUGUACCCUGCUUUGGGUGUUGUCUCUGCUGUUGAGCCUCCUAGAAGGAAAGGAAUGUGGACUCCUAUUUAAUAUUGUUAGCGCUGGUUGGUGUCAUAUACUUGAUUUCAUUGCUACUGCAUGGUUAAUUGCUUUAUUUGUGGUUUUCUUGGGGUCUAGUCUGACCUUAGUGGUUACUGUAUUUUGGGGCUCACACAGGAUUCCUGUGACUAGGCUAUAUGUGGUCAUUGUGUCCACAGUGCUGGUCUUCCUACUAUUUGGGCUGCCCUAUGGAAUCUACUGGUUCCUUUUAACAUGGCUUGACACUUGUGAUAAUGGUGAGACUUGUAAGUUUUUUGCAGUGACAAUAUUUCUGUCCUGUGUUAACAGCUGUGCCAACCCCAUCAUUUACUUCCUCAUUGGCUCUAUUAGGUACCGCAUGCACCAGCGCAAGUCCCUCAAGCUGCUUCUGCAGAGGGCCAUGCAGGACACUCCUGAGGAGGAAGAAGGUGGAGAGAGGGGUCCUUCAGGAAGAUCUAGAGAAAUGACAAUGGUCUGGCAGGGACUGAGGGCUGCUUUGAUCAAGCAGAAAUAG